CAAAUCCCCUGUCUCUUUUUUAUGCCCAUUGGCAUUUCCUGUAGACAUUAGAUUCAUUUCUGAAAAUAUCAUUUUUAAUUGCUAAUAUAAAUAAACUGCCAAUUCUGUUAACAAGGCCCCCAGUGCCGCUUCAGAUGAUUCCCUAGCGGCCAAAGCCAAGAGAGCUUCCUGGAGAGUCAGGCCCCAGAAGCCCUGCCCUGGUGUUCCCCCAACUUCCCUCAAUGCUCUACCAUGACUGGAACACAGCCUUUGACCACAAAAAUGUUGAGGAAAGAUUAUGAUGAGAAGGGCUUAGCCCUUACCCUAGGUCUACACCACACUCAGCUCCCCACUGGUUCUAAACUUGGUGUCUCCAGUUUUUUGUUUGUUUUUUGUCAACGUAAUGGUCCAGAACAAACUUUCAGUGUCCAUCAGAGAAAGCCCCCUGGGUCAUGGGUCAUUUAGUUGAAUAACUGGGUAAACUGCUCCCCAAAGGAGCAAGAUGACUUCUUCUCAUGCAGAACUCAUAAUACAAAGAGGAGGUGGGAAGUCUCCUCUUUGUUCCUGCAAACCUUUCUCCUGGCAAGAACAGAACCACAAGCUCCAGAUCCUCAUGGAGAUUCUAACUUCAACAUCUCUUCUUCCCUGAGGUCUGAACCUUCCGGGACCCCAGGAGAAGAUACAGAGAAGGGUGUGCUUCAAGAACCUCCCCAGAGCUCUACGCCUCCAAAGCCACCAGAGAUCAUGAGAAGAUGGAACUGGCUUUAUAACCCCUGGGCAGGACCGGAAUGCACCCAUCGCUUCAGUCCUUGGGGCCACAUUCCAUUUGCCUGAGAUAUGUAUCUUGUGAUGGGUCUGAAUGUGUGGUCAUCCCAGAAACAGCUCUAGGGGAGAGAACAUGAAAGACACAGACUGGACUGAGAGUGAGUCCCACGACCACCCCAGUGUGGCCAGGCUGAGAGGCUGCUGAGUCCCCGUAGGAGGUGGAGCAGCCUGGGAGUGCCGUCUGCUAAGAUGACUCCAGGAGAACAAGCCCUUGCCAGUGGCAACCACACCCCUGUCACAAAGUUCAUCUUGCUGGGAUUCUCCAAUUACCCAGACAUCCAGGAGCUUCUCUUCGGAACGUUCCUGCUCAUCUAUGCCAUGACAGUGGUGGGCAACCUGGGGAUGAUGUCGCUCAUCUUCACAGACUCCCGUCUCCACAGCCCCAUGUAUUUCUUCCUCAGCGUUCUCUCUUUUCUUGAUAUUUGCUACUCUUCUGUAGUUACACCCAAGCUCUUGGUCAACUUUCUGGCCUCCGACAAGUCCAUCUCAUUUGAGGGCUGUGUGGUCCAGCUGACUUUCUUUGUUCUGCAUGUGACAGCUGAAAGCUUCCUGCUGGCCUCCAUGGCCUAUGACCGCUUCAUGGCCAUCUGCCACCCCCUCCAUUAUGGUUCUACCAUGACCAAGAGGACCUGUCUCCAGCUGGUGGCUGCUUCCUAUGCAUUUGGAGGAGCCAACUCUGCUAUCCAGACUGGAAAUGUCUUUGCCCUGCCUUUCUGUGGGCCCAACCAGGUGGCACACUACUUCUGUGACAUCCCACCCCUUCUCCACCUGGCCUGUGCCAACACAGCCACAGCAGAGGUGGUCCUCUAUAUCUUCUCUGCUCUGGUUACCCUUCUGCCUGCCACAGUCAUCCUUAUGUCCUACAGCUUGGUGUUGGUGGCCAUUGGGAAGAUGCACUCAGCAGCUGGGCGGGAGAGGGCUCUCUCCACAUGUGCCUCCCACUUCCUGGCCAUUGCCAUUUUCUAUGGCACUGUGGUUUUCACCUAUGUCCAGCCCCAUGGAUCCAUUCAUGACAGCAAUGGCCAAGUAGUGUCCAUCUUCUACACCAUCAUAAUUCCCAUGCUCAACCCCUUCAUCUACAGCCUCCGCAACAAGGAGGUAAAGAACGCCCUACAGAGAAAGCUCCAAGUCAACGUCUUUCCCUGCUGAUCCCUGCAAGGCUAUUGAUUGGAAUGAGGAAGACAAAGCAUCUCCCAAAUCACAUGUUUGUUUACACUGCCUCAGGUUUGUUUGUACAAAUAACACAGAAGGACAUUAGCCCCAUGAAGACAAAAACCCAGGGGUCACACCAGUCCUGUCCUUGCAUUGGCAGACAAAGUCUGCUACUACAAAGCUUUCUCGGGGGAGGGGUGCUGGGCACCUUUGGGAGGAGCCUGAAUCAGAAUGGGGCUGCAGAUGCAGAAAUAGCCUGGGCCUGGCCUUGGCCCAGGGCUUGGUUUAGGCCUGAGGCUUGGGCUUGGUUUGGGCCUGAGCUUUAGGCAUGGUUUGAACCUUGACCUUGCCUUUGAUUUGAAGAUCGUGUCUUAGCCUUGGCCUUGGUCUUUGUCUGAGACCCUCUAAGACCCUUAGCAAUGCGGGCAUAAGCACACUUCCCAAGCUUCGUGUGGGCGAUGUAGACAAGCCAAUCAAGCUUGCUGGUGAUCACCAUUUGGGAUCAUGGGCUUUACUUCCUUGGGCUUGACGAGGGUCUCAAUGGCUUCACACAAGCACUCGUAGCCUUGCCAUUGCUGGCCUGCAUCUUCUUUAGGCCUUUCUUGUUGAGGAGCAAAACCCAUGCUCCUCAGGAACUUGGAGUCUACCCCCUUGAAAGAUUUCUAUCUUUGUGCCAGUGCCGUGGCUCACUAGGCUAAUCCUCCACCUGUGGCGCUGGCAUCCCGGGUUCUAGUCCCAGUUGGGGCAUCAGAUUCUGUCCCGGUUGCUCCUCUUCCAGGCCAGCUCUCUGCUGUGGCCUGGGGAAGGCAGUGAAGGUUGGCCCAAGUGCUUGGGCCCUGUACCCGCAUGGGAGACCAGAAGGAAGCACCUGGCUCCUGGUUUCGGAUCGGUGCAACACGCCGGCCAUAGCAGCCA